GUCAAGUGCCCGUGACGUCAGGGCAGGAAGUGUUUGAGGAAGUGGCGCUGGGCUGGCUGCGUGGGGACCCCGAGUUUUCAUGUCCUCAGCGGGUGUCGCUGGCGGCCCCGCGGCCCCCGGGGCAGAGUUAGCAGGGCAUCGAUAUGAGCUGGUCGCCUUCCCUCCCAACCCAGACGUGUGGGGCCUGGGAAAUGAAAGAACGCCUCGGGACCGGGGGAUUUGGAAAUGUCAUCAGGUGGCACAAUCAGGCGACAGGUGAACAGAUUGCCAUCAAGCAAUGCCGACAGGAGCUCAGCCCAAAGAACAGAGAUCGCUGGUGCCUAGAGAUCCAGAUCAUGAGAAGGCUGAACCAUCCCAAUGUGGUGGCUGCCCGGGAUGUCCCAGAGGGGAUGCAGAACUUGGCACCUAAUGAUUUGCCUCUGCUGGCCAUGGAGUACUGCCAAGGAGGAGAUCUGCGAAGAUACUUGAACCAGUUUGAGAACUGCUGUGGCCUGCGGGAAGGGGCCAUCCUCACUCUGCUGAGUGACAUCGCGUCGGCACUUAGAUACCUUCAUGAAAACAGAAUCAUCCAUCGAGAUCUGAAGCCAGAAAACAUCGUUCUGCAGCAAGGGGAGAAAAGAUUAAUACACAAAAUUAUUGAUCUAGGAUAUGCCAAGGAGCUGGAUCAGGGCAGUCUGUGCACUUCAUUUGUGGGGACCCUGCAAUACCUGGCCCCGGAGCUUCUGGAGCAGCAGAAGUACACCGUGACUGUUGACUACUGGAGCUUUGGCACCCUGGCCUUCGAGUGCAUCACUGGCUUCCGGCCCUUUCUCCCGAACUGGCAGCCUGUGCAGUGGCACUCCAAAGUCCGGCAGAAGAGCGAAGUGGACAUCGUUGUUAGUGAAGACCUGAAUGGAGCAGUAAAGUUUUCAAGUUCGCUACCCUUCCCCAAUAAUCUUAACAGUGUCCUGGCCGAACGUCUGGAGAAGUGGCUGCAGCUGAUGCUCAUGUGGCACCCGCGGCAAAGGGGCACAGAUCCCCAGUACGGUCCCAAUGGCUGUUUCAGAGCCCUAGAUGACAUCUUGAACUUGAAGCUGGUUCAUAUCUUGAACAUGGUCACAGGCACCAUUCACACGUACCCCGUGACAGAGGAUGAGAGUCUGCAGAGCUUAAAAACCAGAAUCCGGGAAGACACAGGGAUCCUGGAGACAGACCAGGAGCUGCUGCAAGAGGCAGGGCUGGUGCUGCUCCCCGACAAGCCUGCUACUCAGUGCAUCUCAGAGAGCAAGACAAAUGAGGGUCUCACGUUGGACAUGGAUCUUGUUUUUCUCUUUGACAACAGUAAAAUCACCUAUGAGACCCAGAUCACCCCCCGACCCCAACCGGAAAGUGUCAGCUGUAUCCUUCAGGAGCCCAAGCGGAACCUCUCCUUCUUCCAGCUGAGGAAAGUGUGGGGCCAAGUCUGGCACAGUAUCCAGACCCUGAAGGAGGACUGCAACCGGCUGCAGCAGGGACAGCGAGCGGCCAUGAUGAAUCUCCUUCGGAAUAACAGCUGCCUCUCCAAGAUGAAGAACGCCAUGGCCUCCAUGGCCCAGCAGCUCAAGGCCAAGCUGGACUUCUUCAAAACCAGCAUCCAGAUUGACCUGGAGAAGUAUAGAGAACAGACAGAGUUUGGGAUCACAUCAGAUAAACUGCUGCUGGCUUGGCGGGAAAUGGAGCAGGCUGUGGAGCAGUGUGGGCGGGAGAACGACGUGAAGCUUCUAGUAGAGCGGAUGAUGGCACUGCAGACUGACAUUGUGGACCUACAGAGGAGCCCGAUGGGUCGGAAGCAGGGGGGCACCCUGGAUGACCUAGAGGAACAAGCGAGGGAGCUCUAUAGAAGACUCAGGGAGAAGCCAAGAGACCAAAGGACAGAAGGUGACAGCCAGGAAAUGGUACGGCUGCUGCUUCAGGCAAUUCAAAGCUUCGAGAAGAAAGUGCGGGUGAUUUAUACACAGCUCAGUAAGACCGUGGUUUGUAAGCAGAAGGCACUGGAGUUGCUCCCCAAAGUAGAAGAGGUAGUGAGCCUUAUGAACGAGGAUGAGAAGACCGUGGUCCGGCUUCAGGAGAAGCGGCAGAAGGAGCUCUGGAACCUCCUGAAGAUCGCCUGUAGCAAAGUCCGAGGUCCAGUGAGUGGAAGCCCAGACAGCAUGAAUGUGUCCCGACUUAGUCACCCUGGUCAGCUAAUGUCUCAGCCUUCCAGUACCUGUGACAGCUUACCUGAAUCAGACAAGAAAAGUGAAGAGCUGGUGGCCGAAGCCCACGCCCUCUGCUCCAGGCUAGAAAGUGCGCUGCAAGACACCGUGAAGGAGCAAGACCGCAGCUUCACGACUCUAGACUGGAGCUGGUUACAGAUGGAGGAUGAAGAAAGGUGUAGCCUGGAGCAAGCCUGUGACUGAUGUGCCCAUGAGCUGGCCCGUGGCUCUGCAUGUGAUGCUGUUCUGGUAUCUCCAGGUGGAAAUCUCACUCCCCCAGGUUCUGUGAUGCUUGCCUGCAGCAGCCUAGGCUGGCUGUGUCUACACACUGGACUUCCUCUACAACAGAAGCACAACAAUGCAGCUACAAGCACUUGCAGCAACGACACUUCAUAGCUGCUGUACAAAGAAAGCCACACAGAGAAAUGACAAAUGUCUAUUUUCAGUGUUUCCAGGCAGCAGCCAGCCUGUCCCCUUUGAACUCCUGGGGGAAGGAGCCCUGCCCUACCCAUCCCUCCUCACCUUACAGCUGGGGCAUCAUCUGGGUAUCAUUAUUCAGAUGAUGUCUCUUGGGCUCAAAGGUGUAUUUCCACAGUAUACCAUCACUAGUACUUCUGAGCUCAAAAUUCAACAUCAUGGGGAAGUUUGUAAAAUUGAAUAGUGUGUCUAGAUUAUGAGCCAUUUUAAUACCACACAAAACUUGUGUGUUUGUGUGCAUGUGUGUGUGUAAAAGCAAAACAGGCUCAGGUUAUUAUAGACAGGUAUACUUGAUUAGAGAAUAAAUAACGCUGGGACAGAGAAAUGUCAGAGUGGUCACCGCAGAGACAGUAUGAAGCCUCGAUGGUCAAAUGAGUUCAGAGGGGCUGCAUGGUUUGAUAAUUUCUUAGAGAUUGAUACUGUGCACUGGUAAACUAUCUGAAAACUCUGACAAUAAAGAUGCUGGCUUAAGCUCAGCGUAAACAUCCCCCCACCCCCGAGUAAUGUCAUUAACUAUAGAGUCCUACCCUUCAUGUGUGCUCAGUGUUUAGACAUCCUGGAAAGGGCAGAGUGGGAACUAAGACCAGAAAAGAUCGGAUGAGACCAGACUAGGAAGGGAAUGGAUGCUGGGCUGAGAAAGCUGUGGUUUAACAAACUGUUGGUAGGCAUGGGAAAACUUUAUGCAAGAAAAAUGACAUUAACCCAAA